CAGAAACUUUCUGGGAAAUUUCUGGAGAUUUUCCAUGGGAAGUUAAGCCUAGGAAUUUGGGGAAUUUUGCUUAAAUUCAUUUAAAAAAGUUAGCUUAUGACAGUGAACCUUGUGUAUCCCACAAAAAAAGGCAAUUCUAGGUCUUGUGGCAUAUUUUGGUUAAACUAUCGCCAAUUCGAUGGAAUUGCAACCCUCUGCAUGUGCAGUGCACUCUUCCGUCACAUGUGCAGUGCACUCUUCCGUCACAUGUGCAGUGCACUCUUCCGUCACAUGUGCAGUGCACUCUUCCGUCACAUGUGCAGUGCACUCUUCCGUCACAUGUGCAGUGCACUCUUCCGUCACAUGUGCAGUGCACUCUUCCGUCACAUGUGCAGUGCACUCUUCCGUCACAUGUGCAGUGCACUCUUCCGUCACAUGUGCAGUGCACACUUCCGUCACAUGUGCAGUGCACUCUUCCGACACAUGUGCAGUGCACACUAAUGAGAUGUUAUUGAGCCCACACAACUACCCUGUCUGAGCCAAGGACUACACGCUUUCUGGUAAGUUUUGAUUACAAUACUGGGUGGGGUAAAAAUAUUUUAUGACAUUAUUUUUUGUUAACUAGUAAAUAGUAGCCUACAGCAAAGUGUUUUAAAUCCUUUCGAACUUGUUAACAAUUCCUGCUAGUUAGUUUUUGCUACCAUGUGGGUUUUAGCUUGCAAUUCACCUGUUUCCUUUUAAAACAUGUAUCUUACAAAGCAGUUGUUUAAUCUAACUGCUUAACUAUUUAUCUGUACAUGGAAUUGUAUGUUUUUUUUUUACUCAUUUUUUCCCUAAUCUUUACAGGAAAAUUCCACGGGCACUAUCUGAUGUGUGGAGACAUUUCACUGCAGCAAAUAUAGAAGGAAAAUCUGUGUACAUUUUGCAAAUACUGUGCCAAAUUAUAUGUGAAGAAUGCAACAAAGAUGCAGAAUCAUCUGGCCAAGUGCAUAAAGUUCCCUCCGUGCUCACAACAAGCAACCUCUGACAAAAGUCCCUCUACUUCUAGUCAAGGCAACGUGUAUUGGAAGAGAUUUCUGAAUGUUCUUCACCCAGCAUACACCCCUCCAACCAGACAUGCUUUAUCUACUCAUUUGCUGGAUGCAGAGUUCAACAGAGUUCAAGUGGAGGUCAAGCAAAUCAUAGAGAAAGCAGACUGUAUUGCAAUCAUCUCUGAUGGGUGGUCGAUUGUUCGUAGGUAAGGAAUAAUUAACUACAUCAUCUCCAACCCUCAACCAGUAUUCUAUAAGCGCACAAACACAAGAGACAACAGACACACCAUUCUCUACAUUGCAGAUGAGCUGAAGGCAGUCAUCAAUGACCUUGGACCACAGAAGGUAUUUGCACUGGUGACAGACAAUGCUGCGAACAUGAAGGCUGCUUGGUCUAAAGUGGAAGAGUUCUACCCUCACAUCACACCCAUUGGCUGUGCUGCUCAUGCAUUGAAUCUGCUCAAGGACAUGGCACUGAAAACAAUGGAUACACUCUACAAGAGAGCCAAGGAAAUGGUUAGGUAUGUGAAGGGUCAUUAAGUUAUUGCAACAAUCUACCUCACCAAGCAAAGUGAGAAGAAUAAGAGCACCACAUUGAAGCUGCCCAGCAACACCUGCUUUGGUGGUGAUGUCGUCAUGUUUGACUACUGCAGGGGAAGGAGUCUCCCCAAGAAAUGGCCAUAUCAGUCUGCCGAUAUGGACAGCCCCAUCGAGAGGAUCCUCCUGGAAGAUGUAUUUUGCGAGAGAGUGGUAAGCCUGAAACUCCUGAAACCUAUAGCAGUAGCCAUUGCGUGGAUUGAGGGAGACAAUGCCAUCCUGUCUGAUGUUCAGACUCUGCUUGCAGAUGUAAGAGGAGAAAUCCGUACUGCCCGGCCCACUUCACUGUUGCUCCAAGCAGAGGAAACUGCAGUUCUGAAAUACAUCAAGAAGCGUGAAGACUUCUGCCUGAAGCCCAUACAUGCCACAGCAUACAUGUUGGACCCCAAGUAUGCUGGCAAGAGCAUCCUGUCUGGUGCAAAGAUCAACAAGGCCUAUGUUAUCACUACUGUGCCUCGCCACCUUGGCCUGGAUGAGGGCAAGGUUCGUGGGAGUCUGGCGAAGUACACUUCCAAGCAAGGGCUUUGGGAUGGAGAUGCUUUAUGGCAGUCGUGCCAACAUAUCUCAGCCACCUGGUGGAAGGGACUUUGUGGAACUGAGGCUCUUUCCCCUGUUGCCUCCAUCCUCCAAAUCCCACCAACAUCAGCUGCCUCAGAGCACAACUGGUCCUUGUUUGGGAACACACACACCAAAGCACGCAACAGGCUGACCAAUACAAGGGUUGAAGAAUUGGUGGCCAUCUGGGUAAAUCUGAAGCUUUUUGUGCUUGACAACAAGCCAUCCUCAACAAGGUUUGAAAGUGACCGUGAAGAUGAGGUCUCAGAUUCUGAUGUUCACGAGGAGGUCCAGGGAGAAUACAUGGAAGCCUGAGAGGAAGACAACCAAAGCUUUAGUUUCUAGAUUAUCAUUAUACAGAUGUAUGUUGAAAACAUAUUUGGGAGAUGCAAUAGAUCAUUGGGGAUCAUUCAAUAUUCCCUUUCUUUUGUUCUGUGAAAUCAUCCCAUGGGAAGAGUCAACUCAUUUAAUUAAAGUUACAUUUGUAACUAUUUUUUUUCUUCUUUCAUUUCUGUUGGAAAUAUUUAAUAAUUUGCAAUUGUCUACUUAGAAACAAACCUUUUACCUUAUGUCUCCAUAUGAUAUGGUAAAUAUAUCCAAUGCAAAAAAACAUCUACAUUUAAAUGGUAUUAAUUUUAAAUUGCAUAUUCCCACAGAAAGUUUCCACCUCUGAAUAUUCCCCAAAAUGUGAAACCCUAAAUUCAGGUUGAUUAAUCUCUGCACUCUAUAGCUAGUUCAUAGCCACUGUGGUACUUGUUUGUUAGUUGGAUGUUACACAACAUACAUGCACAUGUAGAAAAUCUUCCUGUAUGAUGACUCAGCAGGCUGUGUGGCAGGAAAUGCAGCACAAUGAGCAGAUCCCAAGUACUACUGAACAGUGGUGACAAACGAUUGUGGUCCUUUGUGUCCAGCAGAGGGUGCUGUAACAAGUUUCUUUAUGAUAGUCAUCAAUACAAGUUCAUUAUGCACCAGCAUUUGAUCAGAUUCAAUCAGUAAACACCAACAUAAAUACUUCAAAGAAAGACUGCAUAUACACAAGUUAAAUUACGUAAUAAAUGCAAGAAGGUUAAACCAAUGAAUACAUUGAUUUGAACAAGUGGUACUAAAUAAUCCCCAUUUGCAGAGGAUUAUACAAUGGUGUUUCCCUCUCUUCACCACUGUUCCUCUCCACUCCCUAGGC